GUAAAAUUUCAGUCGAAGGUCAGGUCCUUUGCGUGGUCAGUGCUGGCUCAUGUCGUUCAUCGAUCCUCUUGCUUGCUGUCCUGGAAACCUUCAAACCCCAUCGCACCGUAUCCGCCUCGCAAGCUGGAUAUCCUUCUGCAUGAUGGUGACGCGCUUGGCGUGGAUGGCGCACAGAUAGGCCUCAGCGGCCUCCUGCAGAGCCAGGAUGGCGUGGGACUGCCACCUGAAGUCCUCAUCGACGGGACGGACGCUAUGGGCAACCUCACGAACGAGCCGGGCGAACGGCAGCUUGCGCAUGAGCAAGCUGGUGCUCUUCUGAUAGCGCCUGAUCUCACGCAGAGCAACAGUUCCUGGGCGGUACCUUCGUGGCUUCUUUUGCAGGAUCGGGUCACCGGCUACACCAGGAUAGGGCUUUUUUUAUUAGUAGAUGACUUUGGCAAGCCUCAAGACCAACAGCGAGUCGAAGGA